AUGGAUUAAAUGAACAAGUACACACUUAAAUUUAAGGAAAAAGAAGUUGAAGAAAAAUAUCAGGCAUAAUCGUAUUCAAAACAUCUGAAACCCUUAUUUUAUGGUUUAUUGGUGAUGGCAAUGUCUUUAAAUUUAUUUUAACUGGUCAUAAUUACUUAGUAAGAUAAUUUAGUCAUCCCUUACAUUAAUAUUGGUUUUAUAUUAGUAUGUCUUAUUGGAUUAUACAUAAUGUACAAAAAGGAGGGUUUAACAGCAAAAAUACUGACUAUUACUAAUGCUUAUGCUUUAUUAUUAUAAUUCAAUUUUACAAAUUAUUCAGUAGAUCAAGAAUAUUUUACUUAUGGGUAUAACUUUUCACUGGUUUAAGCUGUUAUAUACUUUUCUACUGAUUUUGAUUAAAGUUGCCCAUCUCUUUUACUUCAUAUAAUAUUCAGAUAAAGUUCAACAAUUUUAAUGACCAAAAGAAUAGACUUUCAGUGUUUGGCAUUAUCUACAGCAACUGCAAUUUUAACAUCUUCUGUUCUAUAUAUCUGUAAUAAAGCAUAAAGAAUAUAAUUUUUAAUGACUUAUAAAGAAGAUACUAUUAAUAAAUAAUUGGACUAAUUAAUAAAUAAACCUUUCUCAAAAUUUUAGUACAACGAAAAGAAACUUCAAAUAGAUGUUUAAAUAACUGCUUUUCAAGAUUAAUUUGGAUCACAUACUAAUGAUUUAUGUUUCGGGUGUAACAUUAGAAAUUUUAUUAGAAAUUGCUUAAUUAAUAAUAUGACGUUAGAAUACGCUAUAAUUAGUGGCAAAGCUAUAUUUAAUGAAAGCUUUGAAGUUCAAUUAUAAAGAACAAAAAUUAAGAUUCGUUUAUGCUAAUAUAAAAUGGAUAAUAGUAUAAUACUAAUAUAAGAAAGUAUUUAAUAAGAUCCUGUUUAAUAUAAAAAAAUUUCUCAUUAGUUCAAGUAAUCCCUUUUCAAAUAAUUUAAUGCAAUCAACAAAACUCCAUUAAAUUAAUAAUUUCAAUUUGGGACCUUAUCAAUUUUAAUGUUAAGAUAAUUUAAAAUUAAAACAAUCAAUAUAAGAAAAUUGAUAACAAAAUUGAUGUCUAUUUAUUAAUUAUCUAAAAAAGUAAAAUUAAAUUUUAAUGGAGAUUAUACAUUGAAAUUUAGAACUUAUGGACAUUUAAUGAAAAUAUUCUUAAUAUAAGUUUUUUAAAUUUUACAAGAUUUAUAAUUAUAAUAAAACUAUUUAGAAGAAAUAAGUAUUAUAAAUUUAGAAAUAUGUGUUUAGAUUAAAUUUACAAUAAUGGACUAAUUUUCUUUUUUUCCACUCUACUUGAGAAACUAUUUUAUAGAAUAAACAGCUCAGUAUUUGCUUUUAAAUCCAAUAGGUUACAAUUUGGAAUUUUAAUUUAGUAAGAUAUUACCUUUUAAAGAUGUGAACCAAGAAUGUUGA